UACCCAGAGGGCGCUAUUCAUACAUACCGGUACAAUAUGGCGGCGCCAACAGUAGAAAAAGUCCAGGAAGUGAGAGAGGUAACAAGAAUUGAGAGAAUAGGAGCACAUUCCCAUAUUCGAGGUUUGGGUCUUGAUGAUGCUUUGGAUGCCAGAAAUGUCUCCCAGGGAAUGGUGGGACAAGUUGAGGCUCGCCGAGCAGCAGGAGUCAUUCUCGAGAUGAUCAAAGAAGGAAAGAUUGCUGGGCGAGCAUGUCUUAUCGCUGGUCAUCCUGGCACAGGGAAGACGGCCAUAGCUAUGGCUAUGGCCCAGGCAUUGGGAACUGACACACCCUUCACAAGUAUUGCAGGCAGUGAAAUAUUUUCUCUCGAAAUGAGCAAAACAGAAGCAUUGACGCAAGCAUUCAGAAAAUCAAUUGGUGUUCGAAUUAAGGAAGAGACUGAAAUUAUAGAAGGAGAAGUUGUGGAAAUACAAAUAGAUAGACCAGCCACCGGAACUGGAGCCAAAGUAGGAAAAUUAACACUUAAAACAACAGAAAUGGAAACAAUAUAUGAUCUGGGACAAAAGAUGAUUGAGUCUUUAACAAAAGAAAAAGUACAAGCUGGGGAUAUUAUAACAAUAGACAAAGCAACAGGAAAAAUUACAAAAUUGGGACGGUCUUUUACACGAGCGAGAGAUUAUGAUGCAAUGGGAGCUCAGACAAAAUUUGUACAAUGUCCAGAGGGAGAGCUUCAGAAAAGAAAGGAAGUAGUUCAUACUGUCACCUUACAUGAAAUUGAUGUUAUUAACAGCAGGACACAAGGGUUCCUUGCACUGUUUUCAGGUGACACUGGAGAAAUCAAAGGUGAAGUGCGGGAACAAAUCAACAGCAAAGUGGCAGAAUGGCGGGAGGAAGGCAAAGCCGAGAUUGUACCAGGGGUGCUGUUCAUAGAUGAAGUUCACAUGUUGGACAUCGAGUGUUUCUCUUUCUUGAACAGAGCUCUGGAAGACGACAUGGCUCCUAUUCUCAUCAUGGCUACCAACAGGGGUAUCACAAGAAUCCGAGGCACAAAUUACCAGAGUCCUCAUGGUAUUCCAAUAGAUAUGUUGGAUAGAUUGCUAAUCAUUGCCACAACUCCUUAUGAAGAGAAAGAGAUCAAACAGAUCCUCAAAAUCAGGUGUGAAGAGGAGGAUGUAGAAAUGACAGACGAUGCACUGACAGUACUGACCAAGAUCGGAAUGGAGACGUCCCUCAGAUAUGCCAUCCAGCUCAUCACGGUUGCCAGUCUUGUGUGUCGUAAGAGGAAGGGAUCUGAAGUGGAUGUGGAUGAUAUAAAACGAGUUUACUCAUUGUUCUUGGACGAGUCACGAUCUUCACAGUUCUUAAAGGAGUACCAACAGGAGUUCAUGUUCAACGAGAUGUCAUCAACAGAUGCUAUGGAGACCAGCUAAUAGUUGGACACAGAACCCAGAAUUCUUCAUUGUGUUGUCUGCUGCUUCAAUCAUUGUACAUAAAGGGACUUUCUCUCACUCUUAUUGUUGAUCAAAUCACAUCAAAUACACCAUUUUACAAAACUC